UUCUUUGAAGAAAUCAAACUGAUGAACCGGCUGAAGCACAAAAACAUCGCCUCUCUCGUUGGAAUAUGUGUCGAUGAGUUCCCCUACUGCAUUGCUACUGAGUAUCUAACAAAUGGCGAUUUGAAAAGGUUCCUGCAACAUUACGAAGUCAUUCACCCGGAUACUUGUGACCCGGAACGAAAUACUAUAAGCUCCAACGUCCUAUCCUUCUUCUCCUACCAAAUAAGCUGCGGGAUGGAAUAUCUGGAGUCCUUGAACCUGGUUCACAGGGAUCUGGCCACACGAAACUGCCUGGUCGGCGAGAGAGGUCACGUCAAAAUUUCCGACUUCGGAAUGAGCAAGUGCCUCCAUAGUUCGGAUUAUUACCAGAUCCAAGGAAUCGCCGUACUGCCGAUUAGAUGGAUGGCCUGGGAAUCUCUGUUCUUAGGCAAGUUCUCAACAGCAAGCGAUGUUUGGUCGUUUGGAGUGACUCUGUGGGAAGUCAUGACUCUGGCCAAACAUCAACCAUUCGACGAGUUAACAGAUGAACAAGUUAUUGAGAAUAGCCAAAGAUGUUUUUAUGAGAAUUUGAAACUUUCAAACAGGCAAAGCCAGGAAGCACAUCUUGCCUACAAUUCUAUGGACGAUUUUCAACCAUUUUUACUCGCUCAACCGCUCAAUUGUCCUUCAAAAUUUUACAACCUGAUGCUGUCCUGCUGGUCAACUGACCCAGCAUCCAGGCCUCGUUUCCUACAGCUGAAGAACACGAUGAGGAGCACUUUUGAUGUUGACCUCGUGACUCGUGACGUCACGUUGUUGGACGAGUUUACGUCAAGCAAGAUGAGGAAUGAAUGUUUUUCGUUGGACAACAGGAAGAGAACGAUCAUUUCAAACAGUACACUGUCUAGUCCAGUUUUUGACUGAAUUCAAACGAAUAAUUGUCCUUAAAAUUUUUUUUGUCGAAUAUGUACGAUCUGUAACGGUUAUGAUUCAAUUUAAACUAUGCAAAUUACGUGAAUAAACUUGUAAUAAAUGGAGAGAUCAAUCAUUUUUGUGCCGGCAUACUUCACAAAGGAUUGAAAACUUUAUUUUAUUUUAUCAAUUUCAUUAAUUUUUGUACGCUGUAAUAAAUAUCCCAUCAAGCAAGUUAGAAACACCGGGUAAACUAUCGACUCUACGUACUGAUUUUUUGAAAGAAAAUUCAAAUAUUAGGAUGUGAAAAUUUUAUUUAAUUCAUUUUCCCUUUCAGAAAUAUAUGUUAAUAAAAUAAA